UCGUCUGGCCCUUUCUAUCACUUGUCUAAAAAAUAAAAAAUAGAAAUAAAUUCUAAUUUCUUUCCUAUGUUGCCGCUACACAGACACCACAUUAAACAUCGUGAUUUGCAAAUCAUCUUAAAUGGUUUGUUUAAACUCGAUUGAGUCAUCAAAUAGCAGACUUUUGAUUAAAUAACCUUAUGUGUCUAGAGCAUUAAUUGAUGGCAUAACUAAUACCAUUAUAUUAUUAAUUGUACAAUACAAUUUUAAACAAAUUGAAAGGGACUAUAGAUGUGACACUUGAUACAAAGAACUUAUGAGUUGGUAUCUACAGUCCAAUUGAAAUCACAGCAGCUGCAGCAUAUAUCUGUAGCUAGUUUAACAAAUUUAAUCAAGGCUGAAUCCAUGGAAGAUCAGUUGCUGGAAAAUGGAGGGAAUAGAAGAUGGAUAAUAACAACGGAAUGGGAAACUUACUGUCAAGAACUGAAGAAGUUGAGCUAUAUAGCAGCACCAAUGGUGGCAGUUUCAGUGUUGCAGUAUCUAUUGCAAGUUGUAUCCAUGAUGAUGGUGGGACAUCUUGACCAGAUUUCACUCUCAAGUGUUGCUAUUGCUACUUCUAUAACCAACGUUACCGGCUUCUCUCUUCUUUCAGGGUUGGUUGGUGGUUUGGAGACUCUGAGUGGGCAAGCAUAUGGCGCAACUCAAUGGCAGAAAGUCGGUACUUAUACUUACAGUGCAAUAAUAUCUCUAUUUCUUGUGUGCAUCCCAAUCAGUAUCUUGUGGCUCUUCAUGGACAAGCUGCUCAUUUUAAUGGGACAAGACCCUGUAAUUUCAGUUGAAGCUUCUAACUACUCUAUUUGGCUUAUCCCUGCACUCUUUGGAGGUGCAGUUCUUAGGCCCCUAUUCAGAUAUUUGCUGAUUCAAAGUUUGAUUAUUCCAAUACUCCUAAGCGCCUUUCUGGUUUUAUGUCUCCACAUAUCUCUAUCCUGGCUUUUCAUAUUUCAGUUGGGACUAGGAAAAUCAGGUGCAGCUAUAGCCUUUAGUUUUUCAAUCUGGACUUUUGUAGCAUUACUUGUGUUUUACAUCAGUCGAUCGAAUUCUUGUGAGAGGACUCGAACUCGCCUGAAUAAAGAUGCCUUCCUUGCUAUCGGACAAUUCUUUCGUUAUGCAACUCCAUCCGCUUUAAUGGUUUGCCUUAAAUGGUGGUCACUUGAGGUGCUUACUUUGCUAUCUGGCCUUUUACCAAAUCCAAAACUUGAAACAUCAGUACUAUCAAUAUGCUUAACAAUUUCUGCAUUGCAUUUUGCUGUACCUUAUGGAUUGGGAACUGGUGCGAGCACGAGGGUGUCAAAUGAAUUGGGAUCUGGUAAUCCUCAGAAGGCUCUAGUGGCAGUUAGAGUUGCAAUGUUUCUUGCAGUUGCAGAGACAGUAGUGGCAAGCACAGUAACAUUCUUAUGCCGCGGAGUUUUGGGUAAAGCCUAUAGCAAUGAUCAACAAGUGGUGGAUUAUGUUGCUGCAAUUACCCCUUUUCUGUGUCUGACAAUCAUCACAGAUAGCUUACAAGCAGUCAUCUGUGGAGUAGCUAGAGGAAGUGGAUGGCAGAUAAUUGGUGCAUAUGUGAAUCUAGGAGCAUUCUAUCUAGUUGGAAUCCCAGUUGCUGUUGUACUGUGUUUCCUUGUAAAUCUGAAAGCGAAGGGCCUAUGGAUUGGACUAUUGGUUGGUUCUGUAAUACAAGCAACUAGUCUUUCUCUCAUACUAGCUUUCACUGAUUGGCAAAAACAGGCAAUAAAGGCUAAGAAGAGGAUAUCAGAAAGGAGAUCAUCAGAAGAGAAUGAUUAACCCAAGACUUCAAAUUUAUUACUCCACCAUUUUAGUUUCUUAAGUGUUUUACUGAGUUCCUUGUUAUGUCUCUGUUAAAUUAUUAUUUCGUCUGCCUCCCUCGCCUAAGAUAUUUGUGCUGGGGCUGUAGGAAACACGUACUGGCAUUUCAUAUUUAUACCAAUCUACAUUAGUUAUGACUAAGUAAUGAAUGG